AUGGCCUGUUGUUGCCUCAUGAAUGUGUUACAUAUAGUAGUAUCACCAGCACUAUUUGAUCAAAUUUGCAGGGAUACGGUUAAAUAUGUUGAGAACCAGGUGCAGACAGUCGGUGCUAGUGUCAAGAAGUUCUAUGCAGAUGUAGUGCAAGAUCUGCGUCCUCCACUUUCAGUAGAUCCUAUUAAAGUGGCAGCUGGUCCUGAAUUGCCUGAGGAACAAUAUGUUUCUUUCUGUGCCUUUAAAGGGGAAAAACAGGGUGCAAGCGAAGAGGUGAAGGUUGAUAAUGAGAAAUUAUCCGAGGAUUCAAAAUCUGUCACUCAUAAAUAUAGUCAUGCACCAAAUUACCAUGGACUUUAUGUUGGAGAUAAUACCUUCCAGCUGUCUUCUCAGAUUCCUGAUUUGUAUUCAAGGCAGUAUAGCCAUGGGAUUAUUCGUAGAAAAUCAAACUUGGGUAUCAAAAGAAUCUCCAGAAAAGACACUCUAGUUCCUUCUGUAACAUCUGAGGCAGUUUGUUGCACUGAAAAGGAUUUCAGCACAACGCAAGCAACAUCCUGUAGUCUCUCAGAAACAUGUAACCUGAAAUCCAAAACCUCAGCCCCAGUUUCGGUUGAAGUUUCGAGGUGUAACCCAAUAGAAGAAACCUCUAAUGAGAUUGAAAAUGCAAGUGAGUGUAGUCCUGCUGCUUCAAACGAGAUAUCUUCUCCUGAUAUGAGACCAUCCGGCAAUUCCAUUGGGGAUAAACAAUUGGAGACUGGAUAUUUCUGCUCUGGUAGAUUAUCAACAGAACCAAAUGGAUCAUCUGUGGAUAUGGAUGUACAGCAUGAUAUAUUACCUGAUAAAGUUGUAUUAGUGUCCUAUCCAGAUGCAUGGACUAGAGAUUCAAUCAAGAUAAAUACUGCUGUUGAACAGGGAAGCGAAAACAUUCAACAGCAUAGUAAGAAACAGCUUGAAGAAAGCUGUGUUGUUGUGAGCAAAGAUGAUAUUCAUCAUUUCCCUUCCAAGGAAGGAAAACGGAGGCCUUACAAAAAGAAGGUCCACGAUGCUCUCUCUUUAAGAAUGAGAUUAGGAAGGAAGAAGGAGUAUGAAGAGCUUGCUGUUCAAUGGCAUGGAGAUAUUGCUACAUCCCAUGAAGAGUGUCGUGGAAAUUCAAGUGCAAGCCUGGUAAUGGUGAACACCAGAAGAUCACCACCUCAGGAUACCUGUGACUCUGAGUGGGAGUUUCUCUAA